AUGCGUGGUGUAUGUGAUCAACUACGUGCCGACUUGGUCGAAUGCCUGAAAAAGUCGGACUGUAUGCGGGUAGAAGGGCGAACUGGUAAAGAGUGCUUGACGCAUCACUUGCAGUCCUUGCCGCCGGAAUGCCAACAAGCCUACCAUGGCUUUGUUGAAUGCAAGCGAUCAUUGUGGGACAUGCGGAAACGAUUCCGCGGGAUACCCGGUGCUGAGUAUAGCACAAGCUCUACCACAUAUGCCGCGUUGGACAAGCGCCUUGGUAACCAAAACGACUCAUAG